UGUUGUUUUAUUUUGAUCUCAGUCUCUAUGGAAUCUGGGGGUGUUUCGGGCUGAGUUCUUGCGUAGUUCAACGUUAGAUCACCAUCACGUUGGAGAUCCUUGUGUCGUCUACUCAUUGUAUGAAGUUCUUACUGCUUUAAGCGCUGCUUCGAGGGAAAUACGAAAAGAACCUGUAACUCCUUCAACACUCAGGAUUGCGUUGAGCAACUUGUAUCCAGAUAGCAGUUUCUUCCAAGAGGCUCAGAUGAACGAUGCUUCAGAAGUAUUGGCUGUGAUUUUCGACUGCCUUCAUCGCUCAUUUGCUCAGAGCCCAAGCUUGUCUGACACAGAUUCUUCAGAGAGCAACUACACAGGUUCAUGGGACUGUGCCAACCGCACAUGUAGUGCCCAUUCUCUGUUUGGAAUGAAUAUCUUUGAUCAAAUGAAUUGCUACAGCUGUGGGCUGGAGUCGAGGCAUAUGAAGUACACUUCCUUUUUCCAUAACAUCAACGCUAGUGCCCUACGGAACAUGAAGGUGAAAAGAGAUACUAAUCAUGCAAGUGUUCAUUGGUUACCUGCUCCGAGACUGCAUUUGAUAAACUCCUAAAUCUUGUCGAGAUGAACCACCAACUAGCCUGUGAUCCUGAAACCGGUGGGUGUGGGAAACCUAACCAUAUCCGCCAUUUUCUUACCACUCCACCACAUGUUUUUACUGCAGUUUUAGGGUGGCAAAACACAUGCGAGAGUGUAGAAGACAUAGCUGCUACUCUUGCAGCAUUGAAUACCGAAAUAGAUAUCAGCAUCAUGUACCGUGGUCUUGACCCUAAGAGCAUAUAUAGCUUAGCUUCUGUGGUUUGCUAUUAUGGACAGCAUUAUCAUUGCUUUGCAUAUAGUCAUGAACACGAUCGGUGGAUCAUGUACGAUGACAAAACUGUAAAGGUGAUCGGUAGCAGGAGUGAUGUACUUUCUAUGUGCAAGAAAGGACACUUGCAGCCACAGCUUCUUCUCUACGAGAAGCAACGUUAACCAAAAAGAAAAAGUGAAG